AUGAUUUUUAACAAAAUCUCCUGCUCCCUCCCUUUGGCGCUGCACGAGACGCCGCUCAUCGCAAACACGAUCGCGCGCAUGAAGCUGUACGAAAUGAACUCGGGCAUCUCCGACACGGCCGAGUACGGGUGCUACCUGUACGACCAGCAGUGCCGCCCGCUCCUCACCCCUUCAUGGGGAAAAAAAGAAAAACGCUCGGCCCGCAGCACGAGCCGCUCCGCGACCGUCGGCACCGACGUGAUCGGCACAAAGUACUCUGCCGGCCGCGACAAUGGCGUCGACAACCGGCUGCUGAACGCGAUCAACGAAGAGAUCCGCUCGCACCCCGUCGAGGAGCCGCGUGUCUGCACGACGACCCCUCACCGCUAA